AUGUCGCCGUCACCGGCGAGAGCCGGCGGCGCACCGGAGGAUCAGGCGGAGGCCGACGUGGAGCAGACUGGGAGAGGCACGUGGCGGCACGCGGCCUUCCACGUGGCGACGACGAUCGCCACGCCGGCGGCCUACGCCCCCUUGCCCUUUACUGUUGCCUCCCUUGGCUGGCCUCUUGGUGUCUGCAGCUUGGUUAUUGGGACACUAGUUACAUGGUGUUCGAGCUUGGUUGUGGCCUCUCUAUGGCGGUGGAAUGGGGAGAAACACACCAACUACCGGCUCCUGGCAGAGAGCAUCUUUGGUCCUUGGGGCUACUGGUAUGUCUCGUUCUUCCAGCAGAACAAGAUGGGGGUGGAAUUGUCACUGAUGAAUAUGGUUACUGAGUUAAUUCAUGCAGGAUAUCGGAUCCAAAGAAAGGGAAUCAGUUACAGUCUACAAGGAAGCACCGCAACUAAGAUCUUCAGAGGUUUCAACGCAUUGGGCACAAUAGCCUUCUCCUUUGGCGACGCCAUGCUGCCAGAAAUUCAGAGCACCGUGCGAGAACCGGUGAGGGCAAACAUGUACAAAGGCGUCUCUUCAGCGUACAUGAUCAUCGUCGUGUCCUACUGGACCCUCGCAUUCAGUGGCUACUGGGCAUUUGGCUCUCAGGUCCAGCCCUACAUCCUGUCCUCCCUGACAGCUCCAAGAUGGGCAACUGUAAUGGCAAACCCGUUUGCAGUCAUUCAGAUAGCAGGUUGCUUCCAGAUAUACUGCAGGCCUACGUUUGCACACUUCGAAGAGUGGCUUCAGGCGAAGAACAUGAGCUGCAGAUCCUGCCUGUGCCGGCUGACAUACACGUCUGCAUACAUGGCCGUGAUUACGCUCGUCUCCGCUGCAAUGCCCUUCUUUGGGGACUUUGUAUCAGUCUGCGGAGCAGUUGGGUUCACCCCUUUGGACUUCGUGCUGCCUGCAUUAGCACUUCUCAAGACCAGGACGAUGCCUGAUAACCCAGGAUUGCAGUGUGCUGUGAAGAUGCUCAGCGCUGCUGCCGCAAUCUUGUUCUCGAUCAUAGGUGCCCUUGCAUGCAUCGGAGCAAUCAGAUCGAUCGCGCUCGAUGUCAAAACCUAUGAGUUCUUCCAUGAUAUGUGA